GAAAAUGAAGAGGACUUAUCAGUACCACUUCCCAAUGUUCUAAUCGAUGUCUUUUCAAAAAAUUUCAUAGUGUUUUUUCUUCUUAAAGAAAAUUAUGGUUUAUGAACAGUUCUAUCUGAAAAUCACCGAGUCAGAGGUCAUAUUAUAUACUUGAAUUGAAGAUCUUGCCACUUGCCACUUUCAUUUUCUGAGACCUUUCUUUUUGGUUUUUCAUUGUCAAGUUGUUCUCUCUUUUUAUUUUUUAAAUUUAAAAACAAAUGGAAGUGUCAUCCCCAAUGGUUAAAUAAAGAAAGACGACAUCAAUUUGCAUUUGGGUUGUUUCUGCAUCAUCUUGUUCUGUAAUUUCAUUUUAAUCCAGCAACCAAUCCCUGUUUAAAGAGGCAAGAACCCAACCAAGCACCACCUUUCCUUCUGGAAUCAAACCCACUUUCUUGGUCUGAUUUCAUUUGCAAUUUCUCUCUUUUACUCUUUAAAUAUCAUCUGAAACUAAUCCCACCCAUCUCUAAAUCCUCUGAAAAUAUGGGAUUUGAUAAAGAAGCAAGCUCAUCUUCUCAUGUCCUUCGGGUACCAUCUCUUCCAAGAGAAGACACACCUCUUCUUGGCAGGAAACCUCCACUUUCUUCUAAAUUCAAGACUUUUGCUAAUGUAUUCAUAGCCAUAGUUGGAGCAGGCGUUCUGGGACUUCCUUACACCUUCAAGAAAACAGGAUGGGUAAUGGGUUCUCUUAUGCUCUUCUCUGUUGCUUUCCUCACCUAUUAUUGCAUGAUGCUUCUUGUCCAUACUCGCCGCAAGCUUGAAUCUCUUCAAGGCUUUUCCAAAAUUGCUUCUUUUGGUGAUCUGGGUUUUACUGUUUGUGGUCCAAUUGGUCGUUUUGCUGUUGAUUCCAUGAUUGUCCUUGCACAAGCUGGGUUUUGUGUUAGCUAUCUUAUCUUCAUUGCUAAUACUUUAGCUUAUGUUCUUAAUCAAGAAUCAGAUGAAAAAAUUUUGGGUUUUUUAAGUCCUAAAGCUUUGUAUAUAUGGAGUUGUUUUCCUUUCCAGUUAGGGUUAAAUUCAAUUCCAACAUUGACCCAUUUGGCUCCUCUAAGUAUUUUUGCUGAUGUGGUUGAUCUUGGAGCUAUGGGUGUAGUGAUGGUCGAGGAUGUGGUUUCUUUCUUGAAAAAUAGACCUGUUUUAGAGGCUUUUGGUGGGUUCUCUGUUUUCUUUUAUGGGUUAGGUGUGGCUGUUUAUGCUUUUGAAGGGAUUGGUAUGGUGUUGCCAUUAGAAUCUGAGGCAAAAGACAAAGACAAAUUUGGGAAAGUGUUGGGAUUGUGUAUGGCAUUCAUUUCUUUGUUGUAUGGAGGAUUUGGGAUUUUGGGUUAUUUUGCUUUUGGUAAUGAUACCAAAGAUAUAAUCACCACCAAUUUGGGUCCUGGAUUGAUCAGCAAUUUGGUUCAGUUCGGUUUGUGUGUGAAUCUGUUCUUUACUUUCCCUUUGAUGAUGAACCCAGUUUAUGAGGUGGUGGAGAGGAGAUUAUGCAAUUCUAGAUAUUGUUUGUGGCUGAGAUGGGUGGUGGUUUUGACAGUAAGCUUGGUGGCUCUAUUGGUGCCUAAUUUUGCAGAUUUCUUGUCUUUGGUGGGAAGCAGUGUGUGUUGUGCUCUUGGGUUUGUGAUGCCUGCUCUGUUUCACUACUUGGUGUUCAAGGAUGAGUUGGGAACUUCUGGUUUGGUUAUUGAUAUGGCAAUUUUGGUUUUUGGAGUUGCCAUUGCGGUCACCGGAACCUGGUCUUCUUUACUGGAGAUAUUUACUUCUAAGUCUUCCUAAGUGAUUUCAUUUUUUUAGUUGGAGUUAUAUCCAUUAUUUGAAACACAACAUUAGUAAUUGUAAAACUCUUUAGUUGUUUUCUACUCUGAUGCAGGAUUCUGUCUAUAUAUAAUUUUACAACAUUAUAUGAACUUAUGUGAGACUGAUA